AUUGUCGACCACAAUUUAAAACAGUUCAGUUCGGAAAACAUGACGAGUUUAAAACAGUUCAGUUUGAAAAACAUGACGAUCGACCAAAAAAUUGGCUAUCUCAUUUUCUGCUCCUGUUUUGUGGUUAACGUGUUUGCAGGUACUUGCAACACGACUACGCAUUACAGAAAUGGCAAUGGGACAAUUUAUGGUCCGGGUUGGCCCUUCCAAUAUCCAAAUAAUGUCUCGAAAUGUUGGCGCAUUGAGGCACCAUUUACAAAUCAUGUGGUUAAACUAAAUAUUGACACGCUCGACAUGGAGGCGUGUAGUCUUUGCGGUUGCGACUACAUUGAAGUGUUUAAUGGUUAUGAUGAAUAUUCGUUAAGCUUUGGAAGAUUGUGCUCCAGAAGUUGGCAAUUUACGUCUACAGGUCGAUAUUUUUAUCUAACGUUCACGUCAGAUGGAAGCAGAAAUGGAAAGGCUUUCACGGCAUCCUAUGUUGCAGAACCAAAAGACAACACCAACAACAGUAACAGCAUCAAUAUCAACGGAGAUGGUGGUAAGACAAAAACUGGUAGCGGCAGCAAAACCACGGGAUAUGCUGGUGGUGGAGUUGGUACCUUUGUUUUUAUUAUUAUAUUAGCAUGUCUUUAUCAGCGCUACUGUAAAAAAGAUGAUUGAUAGCAAAUUAUUAAUUUUCCAAGUCAGCAAGCACGAAUAUCGAACGAUGCUAUAAUUAUUUUGAAACUAUAGGAAUAUUAACAUAUUCACAUAACAUAGGGCGCAUGUCACAAGAUAUGUAUAUAUAGCCUCGAGAUGUAUGAAUCACUUGCAUGUCACCCUCGGUCUCGGUGUAUAACCUUACCAACGUUGAAAAUGAUAUAUACCUAACACUAUAGCAAGGAGGAAUUUCGCUCUAGACUAAUCAAAAAUUUUGUUUACAUUUUUAGUAACCCAAUCAGAAUGCAUAAAUAUUCAGACAACAUAA